AUGUAUUCUGGUAUUACUGAUAAAGGUUUAGAAGCCCUGGCAAAAUGUUGUUCAGAGACAGUUGACCUCUCGGGUUCUGACUCAAUUACUGAUUCAGGGAUAAGUUUUCUCAUAAAAAACUGCUCCAAACUGGAUACACUUAGUAUUAGGUUCUGCAGAAAAAUAAGUGGUAUUGGCUUUCUAGGGUGUCCACAGACCUUAACCAAUCUUGAAGCAAAAGGAUGCAGAUUUAUACCAGAGGGGAUUAGCGCAAUUGUUAGUGGUGGUGGGCUUGAAUGUCUAAGUUUCUCAUCAGUUAAUAAUGAAGAAGUUUGGAUACUUUCGAAAGGUUGUCCUUUACUAAAGAAACUUGAUUUGUCAAAUUGUGAGGAUAUAGAGCUACAAGGGUGGGAAGCUAUUGGCAGGAAUUGCAAGAAUUUGGAACACCUUUACGUGUACAGGUGCAAAAAGUUAAGUGAUCUAGGGUUGGAAGCUUUGGGAAACGGGUGUGACAAGCUUUCCAAAAUUUUUGUAGGCGAUGAAAAUAGUUGUAGCAGCUCUGGUCUUGAGAUUUUCAAGAGAAAAAAACCAGAUGUGAUGUUCGUUAUGUAUGGCGAAUGA